UGUUUUUUCACAUUGUUUUUUUAUAGGAAUUUACGUUGACAGAGUGGUGUACAUCUAAGUUAUGUUUGUAAUCAAUAGGACUUGAUAACAUCAGUUUGAUGUCACAUCUCUUCACGGAUGAAUAUUAAAUAGGUGGCACCAGUAAAGAAGCUUGUUUUGCUUAAGACGACUUCUUCAGGUAAUAUUAGCGAUUGGAAGAGGUGCCAUUUCUUCAUAUCUCCACGUAGAUAUUAAUUGGCGACGACUGUUGUGUAUAAACCAUGGCGACUGAGACUGGUAAUUUUGACUGCGGGUUGUCCGAUGAACAUAAAGACGGGUGUAUUGCAGCUUGUUUCACGCAUAAUACGUUGCUGUGCCUAAAAUGCAAGGAAAGUCACGGAGAGCUGUGUAAAGUGAAGUCACUGGAAGGCACAUUGUAUGAGAAAGAUAAAGGUUUAAUUCAAAUAAUGGGCGCGCUUCAAAAAGCCAAACGCAGUUUUACAGAGACAGAAAAGUACUUGCAAGAAAUAAGAGAGAGAAGACAAGCUGUAAAAGAUGACAUUAACCUAGAACUUAAAGAUAUUAUUAUCAGACUUGAGCAAAGUGCUAAACUUGCAAUACAGACGGUGGACUCGGAAGCAGUAAAGAUGGAAAGUACCUUUACCGCCUUUUUGAAAGAAGGUCGUGAGCUAGAGACAAAACUGAAGGAUCAUUUGUCAAUGAAUGUUGGACUGGAGAAAUUUGAAUCCGUUGUCCAAGCUUUGACAGAUUUGUUGAAAAAGACAGAUACCACAAGAUCCGGGAAAUCGUUGGAUGCUUCGUUUAAUGUAAAUGAGACAUUGAGACACAACGUGAACCACAAACCAUUUGGAACGGUGAUAUUUUCGGAAGUUGAGUGUUACGAAGAUGUUUUACCGCAUACAAAACCCAAGCGAACACAGACAAAAACACAUAACUCGAGAGGCGAAGUCGUGCCACAAAAUCAAGAGGCAGACGAAGAGUCGGCAUCGGAUUCGGAUAUUUAUUAUGAAUCACAAUUUGGAACCGAGUCUUCAACUUUGCCUCCCGAUUUAAAAGGCAGAAAAAGGUCGCUUAUACCUUUCAUUGGAAAGAAUAAUCGAGUGGCAAAAAACCCCGUCGUGAACGGUAGUCCUAAACCAAAGAUGUUUGACGGUACUUUAAAACCAAAGAUGAUCGCUUCAUUUGCAAAGUUCAAGCAGAUAUUUAAGAAGACUGAAAGAGAAGUUGAAUCGUCCAUUUUUUUUAGUGAUGAUCCGGUUUGUUCCGAAAAUGCAACAACUACAUCGCCUGUACCUUCGGAUAGUAAAACUGUCGUCGUUUUCACGCCGUUUGGUCAAGAAAAGCAAGUGCCGUUUUCAUGGACGGCAGAUUUUACUAACGGUAUUAUAUACUUCAACAAUACCGAGAAAAAACUGUUAUUGACUGAUGCAGAUCGCAAAUUGAAAUGCUCUGAGUAUGUUCAGGAUGAGCCUCUUGCGAUCUUGCAUGUGUCGAUGGAGAGAGUAGCCAUGUUUUGUAUAAUACAGAAGUCUGGUUCUUGCGUAUUGCGAUGUUACGAUGUGCAUGACCGAGAAAUCAGAUUAUAUCACAGCGUGAAGCUGCCGGAUGAAUUCAGCCAGCAAUUCAUCGGUGCCUGGUAUGAUACUGUGGACGAUAGGUUCGCUGUUGCGUGCAGCGAUAAACUAUUUAUUCUCAACAGAGACGGUGCAAUAGAAUCCGAGCACGAGCUUGAAAAAAGUGCGGACGAACCUGUAGAUGCAGACCGUAAUUCUUCUGACGCAAAACCUGUGAAAAACGGCGGUGAACGAGAUAUUUUAGAGGCAACAUAUGACUUCAGAAACCGAUUGCUUUUUGUACCCGAUGCAAAACAAGGGACCUGCGAAUAUUACAUCACACUGAAAAACGAAAAUAAAUCUUAG